AUGGAGACCAUCGACCCGACGACCGGCCAGAAGCUGCCGCCCGACGCCAUCCAGCGCGUGCUCUUCAUUGCCACCAACGUGCACAUCUACCAGAUCCCGCCGCUCUCCUCGAACAAGGGCUACUCGGCCGCCGAAUGGACCGACGAGAAGCGCAGCAAGAAGAUCUUCACCGGCCGCAUGCGCCUGCUCGAGACGGCCGUCCCCAAGUCCGCCUCGACAACAACAACAACGCCCGAGCAGCCGAGCGAGGACGUCAAGGUGGACCUGCUCGUCGAGGACCCGGCCACCGGCGAGCUCUUCGCCGCCGCGCCCUACACGUCGCCGGCCGUCGUCGAGCAGGCCAUCGACAGCAGCCGCUUCUUCGCCGUGCAGUUCCGCAACCAGGGCAUGAAGGCGACGCUGGGCAUCGGCUUCGAGGAGCGCAGCGAGGCCAUGGACUUCAACAUCUCGCUGCAGGACGCGCGCAAGGUGCUCGGCUUCGAGCCCAAGGGUGGCAACAGCAACGGCUCCUCCUCCGGCUCCGCGCGACCCUCGUCCAAGUCCGCCGCCGAGGAGAAGAAGGACUUCAGCCUCAAGGAGGGCGAGACCAUCACCGUCAACAUCGGCGGGAGGGGCAGGCGGAACAGGAAUAGCAGCGGGAGCCCGCCCGGCGAGGAGAACAAAGACGCGCAGGCCGCCUUGUUCUCCAUCAAGCCUCCGCCCGCGAGCGGCGGCGGUGGUGGACCGGUGCCAUUUCUGCCUCCGCCACCCAGUGCAUCGUCGGUCAAAGCAGAAAGGCGGAGGAGUCGGCCGUUGCCACCUCAGGGGGCAAUGCCGCCCGCAGAGAAGCAGCCAAGUCCGCAGGAGUUGGGCUUCGACGACGGAGAGUUUGGAGAGUUCCAGUGA